AAAAUAGAAAGUGAAGUAGAAAUGAAUGUUGUAAAGAAAAAGAAAUUAGCUUGAGUUUAUGAUGAUGCGCAGACUAGCCUCCGUCGUGAAAACCCACAACCUAAACCCUAACACCGCCGCCGUCCGCCCUCUCUCGACCAAACGAACUUCCAAAACCGGUGAGGAAGAGUGGAAUGACGCGUGGGAAACUGCCUGGCUUCCCGACGACCUCUCGGGCAAAUCCUCCCGCGCCCCAUGGGAAUCUGACGUCAGCUUCUCCCUCCCUGCCGCCGCGGAGAAUCCCCAAACUGCAAUCUCCUCCCCGCCGGAAGAAAUCGACACCGAGACCAAGGCUUUCGUGGAGGACAUGAACGAUAAUUGGGACCAGAGGAAGGGCAAAUCGGCGAAGAAGGAUUCUGAUCGAAAUGCGGAAUCCUCUUCCACCUCCUCCCAAUCUUCUUCUCUCUACAGCUUAGAGAAUAUUAAGAGGGAUUAUCGGCUGACGAAGCAGAAAAUCCACGCCAGCCUGUGGGCGAAGGAGAUUGAGAAACAGGAGGAGGCUAAGUUGGGGAAUUUCGUCUCCGGCGCCGACGACAUCGAGAAAUUGCUCGAUAGCGCCUCCGAGAUAUUUGAUUCUGCACCUGGAAACCCCAAAAUUGGUGGCUCCGAGUUCAAAAACAAGCCUGAUGGCUGGGAAACCACGUCGAAAAAUCCAGAUGGUAAUGUAUGGGAUAUGUCACAGAGGGAAGAAGACAUCUUGGUUCAAGAGUUUGAGCGUCGCAUUGCCUUCAAUAAGUUCCAGGUUGGUACAAUUCAAAUGCCAAUUUACUUCUUUUUUGUUUGUGUUGUUAUUUCAUUUCAACUGCCUUUGAAUGGAUUUCAGAUUGCAAGCUUCAUAAAACAACACAUAUUUAGCCGAAGGAGGCCUGUGGAUGGAUGGAAAUACAUGAUCGAAGUUAUAGGGCCGAAUGCAAAGAAAGGCAAGGGAAGUGUCGCAAGAAUUCCUAGUGUCUCAGAUGAAUCAACUCAACCUUAUAGAGAGGACAAGGUUCCUUUUGCCGGUACUUACCCUUCCCAAAAAAGGCGAUGAACUUUAUGAAUGUCCUUCAAGUUCAGAGCUCUUGUAGAAUUUGCAGUUAGAAAAGGAAAUAGGAUAAAGAUUUUGCUAGUGACUUUAUCAAUAUGUUAUGUUAUGGAGUUUCUUCUCUGAUACAUCUAUAAUACGCGAAUUAUUGCUGAUUUAAUAACAGACUGUUGUUUGUUCG